ACCGCGCAAGGUACCGAAGAAAGACGAUACAUGGCAUGUGGAAAUAGUUGUCCGUGAUCCACGGAGCUUCACGGUUCCACUAGGUGUCGCAUCCCUACAUUACCUGUCAUUACACCGAUUACUUCCAAAUAAACACAUCCCCCCUGGGUUCCUGAGAACACAGUAAACAAGUAAAAAUAGUUGAGGUACCAAAAGUUCAGGGGAAUAGCCACCGACUGUUUGCCAACAGUUCCAAAGGUGCGAAAUUGUGAUGCGUCAGCGGAUGAGUGAUAAAUACCUGUGCAGCAGGCGUGGGAUCUAGUGUAAAUCGACGAUAGGAGAGUGACUUGGGGGACAAAAGGAAGGAGAUAAAAAAAUUCCCCGAGUUUUCUAAUGCCAUCGAGAAAAUAAUAUUCGUCGUUGAAAAAUGUGGAGUCCAACACAUGUACAAGUAACAGUUCAGAGAGCGAAAGGAUUGUUGACCAAGGGAAAGCAUCAGACAAACGACUGUUUCGUGACGAUAGCACUUGGUAAAGAGAAGUAUCAGACGUCGGUGAAGGAAAAAGCACCGGAGAAUGUCGAGUGGCACGAAGAGUGCGAGCUUCAAAUACCAUCCCAGGGGAACAAAGCGGAAAUUGUACUGACAGCAUUGCACAGAAAUUUUCUCGGGGUUGAUGAAUUUUUGGGGAUGAUUAGCGUGCCACUGGCCAGCUUCGAUGUCUACGAAAGGCCGCGGAAUAGGUGGUACACCCUCGAGUGUAAACCAGGAAAGGAGAAUACGAAGGACCGUGGAGCACUGGAGGUUAAAAUUGGAUUUAUCGUGAAAGCUGGUAGUCUAACAGAUUUAACGAGAAAAGAGCGGCACAAAAGUUCACUGGGACAACUAUCAACAGCAGCCCAAUCAAUCGGGGGUAGUUUAUUGAGUAUCGGUAGCUUGGAGAAGCGAAAAGGAUUGAAAAAAUUAGCAAAAUCCAUUGGUAAUCGUGUCAAAGGAAAGAGUAAAAAUAAAUUGGAUAAGGACGAGUUUGAUGAGGUUGAGGAGCACCAAAUUAGGCCCUCGAGACAGGAGCCUGGUGAGGCUGAUCCUGGAGUCAUCAGCGAGGACGAUGAUGAGUUUACUUUUGAUGAUCUGUCACACAAGAGUUCCGCAUCGUCUCUGAAUGCACCAGUGUCGAGUACUAUCACACCGACGUUCUCGACGAACUCGAAUAAUUCGCAGAAUUCAUUCUCUCGCGUGACAACUGAGCCCAACACACCACCACCAGCGCCAAUCAAUGUUGCACCCAAUAAACCACCGAGGAUCACAUCCCCAUUGAAUUCCUCCUCUCCAAGGAUUGACGAACGUGACCAGGAUGAGUGGGGAAGGAAGCUUUAUGGAAUACAGGGGAACAAUGUUCUCAAAAGAUGGGAUAACAAGACAAAUCCAAAGAUCGUGAUAGAGGAACCAAGUGAGAAAUCCCCGUCAGCAUCCCCAUCCCCAACGUCAAGAUAUCGUGAUACCCCAGAGCCACCGAGUCCUGCACCACGUGAAAUAAUCACUUCAAAGCGGCCAAAGGAUGAUAAACUUAAAGAGAGAAAUUCAAAGGAUGAUAAAUACUUUAUAAGAGAUAAAAGUCCCAAUCGCAGAGAAGAUAAAUACAUGAAAAGUCCCAAGGAGGAUAAGCCAUCAAAGAAAGAUAAGAAGAAGGAUAAGGAGAAUAAAGGAAAAGAUUUCACUGACGAACAACUAUCCUCUGAGAGGAUAAUUAUUGGUGGCGAGGACGGUAUGAAGAAUAAUAUGGGAGGCAAGAGUCGGCUUCCGCUCGAGGUACUUCAACAAUUCGAGGGGAAAACCAGAGAGGAUCUCAUUGAGUUAACGCUGAAACUUCAGAGUGAAGUGAUUGAUAAAAGAAAACGUCUGGCAGAUCUCGAGGAGUACAUCGAUGCCCUUCUGUUACGUGUGAUCGAGUGCUCCCCACGACUCCUGCAAAAUCCAUAUCAGGCGAACAGACGUCUGUCCUCACCCCCCAAGCAAUAGAUCGUCGAUCUUCCAAGCUAACAUUGCCUGAACUUCACAAAUAACAUUUUCCUAAUUUAUGAUUGUCGAUGAUGAUUUAAGGAUGUUUCUUAACCAUUUGGAUGGAGGUACUUUCGAUAAAGUUGGAAGGUCAAAACGACCUCCGAUUAUUUUCAUAUAAAAUCAUGUUGAUGGCUUUCAAUGACUGAUAAUUAAUAACUUAGAUUGCGAGACAGUCUUGUCUUCCCAGAUAAAAUACUGAGUUGGAUUUGGAAGUUCAUUCGUUCGUCUGAAGAAUUCAAUUUCCAAUGAGAAGUAUGUAAUUUUGUUAUCGUAUUUGUAUGGAGGGAACAUGUUGUACAUGGAUAGGUCCAAGAGCAAUUAGUUGAGUAUUGAAACAAGUGCCUUAUGCAUGCAAUGAACCUUGUUGAAUGUUAUUGAAUUAUUAAUGAUUUUUCGUAAAAUAUAUAAUAUUAUGUAAAGCAA